AUGAUGGCGGCGCUGGGUGCGAGUGAAGUGAUCGCCCAGCUGGAGAGCGCUGCCAAAGUUUUAAUGGCCCCGCCAUCCAUGGUAAAUAAUGAACAGCGUCAGCAUGCAGAGCACAUCUUCCUGUCCUUCAGAAAAUCCAAGUCUCCAUUUGCAGUCUGCAAGCAUAUAUUGGAAACUAGCAAAGUGGAUUACGUCCUUUUUCAAGCUGCCACAGCGAUAAUGGAAGCCGUUGUACGAGAAUGGGUUCUCUUGGAAAAAAGUAGCAUUGAGUCACUCCGAACAUUCCUUUUAACUUAUGUCUUACAGAGGCCGAACCUUCAAAAGUACGUGCGAGAACAAAUUCUUUUGGCAGUGGCGGUCAUAGUGAAACGAGGCUCUUUAGAUAAAUCCAUUGACUGCAAAAGCAUCUUCCAUGAAGUCAGCCAUCUAAUAAGCAGUUGUAACCCCGUAGUACAAACGUUGGCCUGUUCAAUCUUAACCGCACUUCUCAUAGAAUUCUCCAGCUCAAGCAAAACCAGUAACAUCGGCCUGAGCAUGGAGUUCCACGGCAGCUGUAAACGGAUAUUUCAGGAAGAAGACCUCCGGCGAAUCUUCAUGCUGACGAUAGAGGUGCUCCAAGAGUUCAGCCGAAGGGAAAACCUUAAUGCACAAAUGUCUUCGGUGUUCCAGCGUUACCUUGCACUUUCUAAUCAAGUUCUAAGUUGGAAUUUCCUGCCUCCAAAUUUGGGCAGACAUUAUAUAGCUAUGUUUGAGUCCUCCCAAAAUGUGAUGCUGAAGCCAACCGAGUCCUGGCGUGAAACCCUCCUAGACAGGAGAGUCAUGGAGCUUUUCUUCACAGUACAUCGCAAAAUCAGAGAGGAUUCGGACAUGGCUCAGGACUCCCUCCAAUGCUUGGCCCAGCUCGCGUCUCUCCACGGACCCAUCUUCCCCGACGAGGGAUCGCAGGUGGACUAUCUGGCACAUUUCAUUGAAGGAUUACUUAAUAUGAUCAAUGGGGUAGAAAUUGAGGAUUCCGAAGCAGUGGGCGUUUCCAAUAUAAUCAGCAAUUUGAUUACCGUUUUUCCACGCAGUAUUUUGACUGCCAUUCCCAGCGAUCUCUUCUCGUCGUUUGUGAACUGCCUCACGCAUCUCACGUGUUCCUUUGGACGAAGCGCCGCUCUGGAGGAGGUGCUUGACAAAGAUGACAUGGUGUACAUGGAAGCCUACGAUAAGCUGCUUGAAUCCUGGCUCACCUUGGUACAAGACGAUAAACAUUUCCACAAGGGCUUUUUCACCCAACAUGCUGUCCAGGUCUUUAACUCUUAUAUCCAGUGUCACCUGGCAGCUCCCGAGGGCACAAGGAACUUGACUGCAAAUGGUGUAGCCUCCCGGGAGGAGGAAGAAAUAAAUGAAAUCCAGGAGGAUGACCGCGAAUUAUUCUCCGACCAGUUGGCAAGCGUGGGAAUGCUUGGGCGGAUAGCAGCAGAACACUGCAUACCCCUGCUUACCAGCUUGUUAGAGGACAGGGUGACCAGACUUCAUGGGCAGCUGCAAAGGCACCAGCAACACAUACUGGCCUCCCCCGGGUCAGGCUCUUCAGAGAAUAACGUGCUGGAUGACCUGUACGAGGACAUUCACUGGCUUAUUUUAGUUACAGGCUACCUCUUAGCAGAUGAUACUCAGGGAGAGACUCCUUUAAUACCUCCGGAAGUAAUGGAAUAUUCAAUCAAGCAGUCAACAGAGGUGGAUAUCAAUACAACCCUGCAGAUUCUGGGAUCUCCUGGAGAGAAAGCCUCAUCUAUACCAGGGUGCAAUAGAACUGAUUCCGUUAUCAGGUUGGUAUCUGCGGUUCUGAGGGUAUCCGAAGUAGAGUCCCGAGCCACACGGGCAGAUUUAACGCACCUCUUAAGCCCCCAGAUGGGAAAAGAUAUUGUAUGGUUCCUGAAGCGAUGGGCAAAGACCUACCUUCUUGUUGAUGAAAAGCUGUAUGACCAGAUCAGCCUACCGUUUAAUACAGCGUUUGGGGCAGAUACAGAAGGCUCUCAGUGGAUCAUUGGUUACCUUCUAGAGAAAGUCAUAAGCAAUCUUUCCGUGUGGAGUUCGGAGCAGGAACUGGCAAAUGACACUGUCCAGUUACUGGUUACUCUGGUGGAAAGGAGAGAACGGGCCAAUGUGGUGAUUCAGUGUGAGAAUUGGUGGAACUUGGCCAAACAGUUUGCACGGAGAAGUCCACCCCUCCACUUGCUGUCCAGCUCGGUGCAGAGGACCCUGAUGAAGGCUCUAGUACUUGGAGGAUUUGCUCAAAUGGACUCGGACACAAAACAACAGUACUGGACAGAGGUCCUACAGCCUCUUCAGCAGAGGUUUUUGAAUGUGAUAAAUCAAGAGAACUUCCAGCAGAUUUGCCAAGAAGAAGAAGUGAAGCAGGAGAUCACAGCCACACUGGAAGCUCUCUGUGGUAUUGCAGAGGCCACUCAGAUAGACAAUGUAGCAAUCCUAUUCAAUUUCCUAAUGGACUUUCUAACGAACUGCAUCGGCUUAAUGGAAGUCUACAAGAACACACCAGAGACUGUGAACCUAAUUAUAGAAGUGUUUGUAGAGGUUGCCCAUAAACAGAUCUGCUAUCUGGGAGAGUCCAAAGCCAUGAAUCUGUAUGAAGCCUGCUUGACUCUGCUGCAAGUAUAUUCCAAAAAUAACCUGGGCAGGAAACGCAUUGACGUGACUGCCGAGGAGGACCAGUACCAGGACCUUCUGCUCAUCAUGGAGCUUCUCACCAACCUUCUCUCUAAAGAGUUUAUUGAUUUUAGUGAUACAGAUGAGGUGUUUAGACCUCAUGAGCAAGGACAAGCUACCAACAGGCCAGUAUCUGCAGCUGAUGUUGUGUUAUAUGGAGUUAACAUCGUGCUGCCCUUAAUGUCUCAAGACCUGCUGAAGUUUCCUUCACUUUGUAAUCAGUACUACAAGCUUAUCACUUUUAUAUGUGAAAUUUUUCCUGAGAAGAUUCCCCAACUUCCUGAAGACCUAUUCAAGAGCCUCAUGUAUUCCUUAGAACUAGGAAUGACUUCAAUGAGUUCAGAGGUGUCCCAGCUUUGCCUUGAAGCAUUAACCCCGUUGGCUGAACAAUGUGCCAAAGCCCAAGACAAUGACUCUCCUCUGCUGGCGGCAACACGGCACUUCCUCAAGUUGGUUUUUGAUAUGCUCGUCUUGCAAAAACAUAACGCAGAGAUGACGACGGCAGCGGGGGAAGCAUUUUACACACUUGUGUGUCUAAAUCAGGCAGAGUAUGCGGAGUUGGUAGAAACGUUAUUGUCGAGCCAGCAGGAUCCUCUCAUUUACCAGCGGCUAGCAGAUGCCUUCAACAAACUAACAGCCAGCAGUACUCCUCCGACUCUCGACCGAAAGCAGAAGAUGUCUUUUCUCAAAAGCUUGGAAGAGUUCAUGGCCAACGUCGGGGGCCUCCUCUGUGUCAAAUAAUAGGCUCAUGUGUAGGCCCUUUCCACAAAAUGCACUGAAGAAGCUGACAGCCGUCGGUCCCCUACCUGCUCGCAGGCCCUGUAGGCGCAUCCUCGGGGUGGUUUUAAAAGUGUCUAAGGGGACUUUAGAGCUAAAUUCAGCUAUAUGACUAUAUCUGCAGCACAAUUUCUGUGCUUUAUUGGAUGAAUGGAUAAAUGUAUUUUUUUAAACAACUUUCCAUACACCUGCAAUCAAAUAGGCGCUGUUCUAAUGAAUUGCAGUGCCUUUCCCCACCCCUUGGUCAGAAGCAUACCCACGUUGCCUGAAAGUUGU